GAUGGAUUCUCUGUUUAGCCUCCCUCUUCUUUGGCUUUUUCGUCUUCAUGCUGACGUUCAACAAUUGACACCAUGUAAAGACUAACGUGGAUACAGCAUAGAAGCCUAUCCCAAUCAUAAUCCCCUUCUCAUCUUAACACAAUAAAGCACGAAACCCUAUACAAAAUCCACACAGAAAGAAAGACAUGGCUGAUCAAUCUUCCACUCCUGCCAAGGUCGAGUUUUUAGCUACCAAAACCGUGCAAGAGCAACUCACUGAAGGAGAACUACUAGUACCACCACCGGAAUAUAUUCUCAAAGAUGGAAUCCCAUGUCCGAAUGCUUCUCUUGAGUUAAUGGAUGUUCCAAUUAUUGAUCUUGGUCUCCUCAUCCCUUCCUCAAUCAGUGUGGAAGAACUUGACAAACUCAGAUCAGCUCUUACCACGCGCGGUUGCUUUCAGGUAAUAAACCAUGGAAUGACUCUUGAAUUCCUUGACAAAGCCCGUGAAAUCACCAAGCAGUUUUUCGCUAUGCCAGUGGAAGAGAAACAGAAAUAUUUGAGGCCAGUUGAUGAUUUUGAAGGAUAUGGGAAUGACAUGGUUGUUUCAGAGCAGGAAACACUUGAUUGGACUGACAGACUAUACCUUACUGCAUAUCCACCAGACCAGCGCAAGCUCAAGUUGUGGCCUGAAAAUCCCAAAUCUUUCAGGGAUACUCUAGACCAAUAUACCAGUAAGUUACAGGUGAUAACUGAAACUGUCCUUAAGGGCAUGGCGCGGUCAUUGAAUUUGGAGGAAGAUUGCUUUGUGAACAUGUAUGGAGAACAAAGGAAAAUGGAUGCUAGGUUUAACUUAUAUCCUCCAUGUUCAAGGCCUGAUUGUGUCCUUGGUUUCAAGCCACAUUCAGAUAGUUCAAUAAUCACCAUUAUUUUGCAAGAUAAAGAAGUGGAAGGUCUUCAAUUUAUGAAAGAUGAUCAAUGGUUUAGGGCUCCCAUUGUUCCUGAGGGGCUUCUCAUUGUUGUUGGUGAUCAAAUAGAGAUAUUGACUAAUGGACUGGUCAAGAGCCCUGUGCACAAGGUAGUGAUAAAUGGAGAAAAGGAGAGGAUUUCUGUGGCUGUGUUCUGUGUCCCGGAUUCAGAGACAGAGAUUGAACCCUUUGAAAGCCUCAUCAAUGAGUCAAGGCCAAGGUUGUACAAAAAGCUGAAAAAUUACGUUGAGAUCUAUUUUGAACACUUCCUGCAGGGAAGAAGGCCAAUUGAAGCAGCACUAAUAUGAUCUCUGAAUAUGAAUCUCUUAUGUCUUGUAGCAUGUUAAAGAUGAAUAAACUUGUAUUACUUAUGGAAAUGGUGGCAUGAUUCCUAAGCA